AUUCUCACUGCAGCCUUUGACAGCCUUUGCCUCAUCUUGCAGGUAGCAGCCGACACCAGCCUGGCUUCCAUCAUGAACAACAGGUGGAUCCUCCACGCUGCGUUCCUGCUGUGCUUCUCCACCACAGCCCUCUCCAUCAACUAUAAGCAGCUCCAGCUCCAAGAAAGGACGAACAUUCGGAAAUGUCAGGAGCUCCUGGAGCAGCUGAAUGGAAAGAUCAACCUCACCUACAGGGCGGACUUCAAGAUCCCUAUGGAGAUGACGGAGAAGAUGCAGAAGAGUUACACUGCCUUUGCCAUCCAAGAGAUGCUCCAGAAUGUCUUUCUUGUCUUCAGAAACAAUUUCUCCAGCACUGGGUGGAAUGAGACUAUUGUUGUACGUCUCCUGGAUGAACUCCACCAGCAGACAGUGUUUCUGAAGACAGUACUAGAGGAAAAGCAAGAGGAAAGAUUGACGUGGGAGAUGUCCUCAACUGCUCUCCACUUGAAGAGCUAUUACUGGAGGGUGCAAAGGUACCUUAAACUCAUGAAGUACAACAGCUACGCCUGGAUGGUGGUCCGAGCAGAGAUCUUCAGGAACUUUCUCAUCAUUCGAAGACUUACCAGAAACUUCCAAAACUGAAGACCUGUCAGUUGAUGCCUCAGAAUGAGUGGUGGUUGCAGGCAACCUUUAAGCAUCAGAGGCGGACUCUGGGACUGGUAGUGAAUCUACUGCAUUUGAAAGGUCAAAGGAAAACAGAGUUUUUAUUAAUUUAUAAUUUAAAUUAUUUUCUACUUUUUAUUUAAACUUUUUAACCUCAGAAAAUAAAAUAUUUAUAAUACAAAAAGUCAA